AUGCCGUUGUUCUUGUUUUGUGCAUGUUCAGCUAUCAUGUAUGUAAUGGGAGCUCUUGGACCAGCCGCUGGGUAUCUGCUGGGUGGGAUUCUGAUCGGUUUCUAUGUCGACCCCGGUACCAUUGUCAAUAUUGAUCAGAAUGACCCACGAUUUGUGGGAAACUGGUGGAGUGGGUUUCUCCUGUGUGCUGUGGCAAUGUUGUUGGUGAUCUUCCCCAUGUUUUCCUUCCCUAAAAAACUUCCUCCACGGCACAAGAAAAGUAAAAGACGUGUAAAAAAGGCAGCAGGUGAUGUCUCCAGCGAUGACGAAAUGAUGAAGGAAAAGAGCCAGGCUGUCUCGUCCUCCAUGGGUUUUGGCAAAAAUAUCAAAGAUUUGCCAAAAGCAGCAGUGCGUAUAUUGAGUAACGUGACGUUUUUAUUUGUGAGUUUGUCAUAUACGGCGGAAUGUGCCAUCGUCACAGCCUUCAUCACUUUCAUUCCCAAAUUUAUUGAAUCUCAAUUUGGUGUUCCAGCAUCUAAUGCCAGUAUAUACACAGGUCUGAUCAUCGUACCCAGUGCAGGUGUCGGUAUAGUUUUAGGUGGGUACAUCAUUAAGAAGCUGAAGCUUGGUGAAAGAGAAGCAGCAAAGCUGGCCAUGAUCUGCAGCGGCGUGUCUUUGCUCUGCUUUUCCACUCUCUUCAUUGUCGGCUGCGAGAGCAUCAACCUCGGUGGAAUCAAUAUCCCUUACACCACCGGGCCGACGUUGACUCUGUCUCACCGAAACCUGACGGGAAGCUGUAACGUCAACUGUGGCUGCAGGAUUCAUGAGUAUGCACCUGUCUGUGGCUCUGAUGGCAUCACCUACUUUAACCCAUGUCUGGCUGGCUGCAGCAGCAUCGCCAACCAAACCUCAGGAAUCAGAAACUAUUCGGACUGCGCAUGCGUUCAGAGCAGACAGGUGAUCACGCCGUCGGGAGGAAACCAUGAUCUGCAGGUGGUGAUUGUGAAGACGUACCUAAACGAGAACGGUUACGCACUGGCAGGAAAGUGUGAGCGCACAUGUGGAACACUCAUCACCUUCCUCAUCUUUCUCUUCAUCGUCACUCUCAUAACCGCCUGCGCUCAGCCGUCCGUCAUCAUCGUUACGCUCAGGUCAGUGGAGGAAGAGGACAGGCCGUUUGCUCUGGGAAUGCAGUUUGUUCUUCUUAGGACUCUUGCCUACAUCCCCACUCCUAUCUAUUUUGGAGCUGUGAUUGACACCACCUGUAUGCUGUGGCAGCAGGAUUGUGGUUUCCAUGGGUCCUGCUGGGAGUACGAUGUCACUUCCCUCCGCUUCGUUUACUUUGGGCUAGCGGCGAGCUUGAAGUUCCUGGGCUUCCUGUUCAUCUUUCUCACCUGGUAUUCGCUGAAGCGGCGCGAGGAACAGACGCAAACACACACGCACGCACACACACUUUCCCCGCUGGACACGGUGAGCCACCUCAUCUGUCACGCAGGAGGCCACAGGCACGCCCGCACACGCUCCUGUCCUGUCUUCCUGCCACGCCCAGCAGAACACUCCCACGCUGCAAUGCCAACUGGACACGCCCUUAGCCGUGGUAACAGCUGCCCUGGCAAUGGCCUGAAAGCAAUAACUCUGCCCAUACGGUCACUUGAAAAAGUGGCGGUGUGAGGACUGGAGCCAUGCACACACACACACACACACACACACACACACACAUACACACACUCGCUCAUACAGUGCAUGGAAACAUCAUACCAUUAUGAGGGCCGGUUAUGUAAAUGGAAACACCACACCGCUUAUAGCCAUUGCUGGUGCCUUUUUUUUUUAAACACAAACACACUUCAAAGACACAUUAUCACAGGAUUUUUGUGAAGCACUGAUUAGUAAUAAAACUUUUUUGACAAUACCUCAGCAGGACGAAUACCUCUGUUCAUCACAUACAAAUACAAACAUACUCGAACACAUAUACUCAUCUCAUCUAGUUACCUAUAGUGUUAGUUGUGCACAUACUCUUUUGCUUCUCCUGUACAGCAGACAGAUACAUGUACUUGUUUACCUCAUUUAUUCAUCCAUUUUUCAACAGUGAAGGGAGAGAGACUGCAAACUUUACUAUGCAAACUCCUCCCAUCGCACUGGCUCCUCUUGAAUCACAUUAGCCCCUCCCUUAAAAAACCUCCAUACCAACCAUUUUUCUACACCCAGACUGUAAACUCCUCCCACAGUACUGACUUCAGGUGUGUUCGACAGAUAGAUCGAUGUAUGACAUCAAAAUACCACGAGAGCUAUAAAGCAGACUGCUACAUAUGCUUUCAAAUCACUCUCAUGGUACCUUGAUGUCAUUCACCAAUCGGUCUGCGCAGCAGCGCUUCACGUCAAACACACCUUCAUCACAUUGGCUCCUCCCAAACUUAAACCCCUCCCUUAAACAUCCUCUCUUUUAACUCUUUUGGCCACACCCAAAUUGUAAACUCCUCCCCCAGUACUGACUCCUCCUGAAUCAUAAUAGCCCCUCCCACACUUUAAAAACCCUCCCCUAAAACAACAGGCUUGUUCGAGAUGAACUACACUAGCCUGCCACCGGCUGGCGAGAUCUGCCGCUUGCAGUCGGGGGCAGAAUUGAAUGCGGAGACGUCAAGUCAGAUACUUUCUCCUCCUGGUAGUGGUGUUUGCGCAGUGGUUACAUAUUUUAUCACAGAUGACGUGAAUUAAAUGCAAUAUUUGUCAAAUACACAGACGUUUAAGAAACGUAUUCAUGAGCAACAGAAACACCUUUUAUAUACUGCUUAAUAUAGCGCCAUCUGUUCAUGAAUAAAGUUCAACAUAAACAUAUACUAUUUAUAUACCAAUAAAGUAGGGGUAAAUAUGCUUUUAUCAGUGUUUUUUUUAUAAACGUGACUCAAUACAACAGUGCGACUAGAGUAAAAAAGCUUUUACUGUUAUAAAAACACAGAUUUGUGAGCAUUAUUGGAAUUGAAUUAAACUCGCAACACACGUCGUCCUUGUCAUCACAGAAUCUGACCAAUGAGAAUAAAGUGUGUCGUCAUCAAGGCUUUCGCAGCUGAUUUUGAGCAACUGCAGCGCCUGACCUCGGCAGCUGGUCUCGUUUUGCUCUCGCGGUACUUUGAUGGCACAUGUGAUCGUAAGGCGGCUACAGCGCUGAUCAAAGUUUCUAACCAGAAUGCAUUGCCAUCUUUGUGGUGCCGCAUGAAGUCGAACAAGCCUAUUGAUUCCACACAAGUUGUGGCCCCUCCCAAACUUCAAAAACUCCUGCCCUAAAACAACCUCCCUGCCAACAAUUUAAGUGACACCCACAAUGUAAGCUCCUCCUUCCACACUGACUCCUCCUGAAUAACAUUACCCUCUCCCAAACUUCAAACCAGUCUCUUAAAACAACCUCUGUACCAACUAUAUUUACCACGGCCAGAGUGUAAACUCAUCCCACAGUAUUAACUCCACACAAUCAGUGUCCCCUCCCAGACUUUAAUCCCCACCCACGGUUUUGAAUCCAACUUGUUACAUUUAUUUUUCAGCUGUUUUAUCUUGUGUGCUGUAUUAAAUGUUUAGCUUGUUAGUCCUACAAUGACAGUGUUUUUGCAACAGUUGGUGCAGUUCACGCAUCUGUUAGGUUUUCUGUCUUUUUCCAUAACUUCUGACUUUUGUGCAUCAUAUCAGUACAUAAUGUUUCCUUCAGUUGGUCUUGAUCUUGAGCAGUCAUCUUAGUAAAUAACAUGCACACAAAUACAACACAUAUAUAGGAGACAUGUCAUCUCAUGUUCACACACAUCAUGUAUACUCCUGAAAACAUGCUCUCACGUCCCUGUAGAUGAUGUUCUGUUUGCGCUGAAAUUGAGCCAGUAUUAGUGGUGUUGAUGGUAAUGCAACUGUCAACACCAGCUCUGUGCAGAAAUCAGCUUCAUUGCUGAUCACUGCAGGACUUCAAUAGAAACAGAGCAGAAUACACACAUGAGUACUGAACUACUGCUGAGGAAACUGUUUAAUUUGCCUCUCCCUCUUUUUCCCCGACCCUUCCUAUGUUACUGUGCUCUGUUUGCAAGCAGAAGACACGUUGAUUCAAUUAUUUAUUUGAAGUUACUUGAAGGUUUGGCUAAUCAGAGGCAAACCUGGUGAAAUUCUUUAUUAACUGUUUUGGUUUACUUGUACAAAUAAAGGAUUUGUGUCAAUAAAAUGUCUAAAUAAAAUCA